GAGAGAGGUGAGUGUCCUAGCAUGGGAGGGGUCCAGGAGCUGGGAAGCUAGGCAGGCGUGUGGGAGGAGGGGUCUGGGACCAGCCCCAGCAGUUGCUCUCCUUGCUUAGUCCCACCCCAGGGACCUUGCCCCACCUCCAGGGCUCCUGUGCCCACCACCUGCCCAGCUAGCUCCUGGGAAGGAAGGUAGGCAUAGCCUCCAGAGCCUGGCCCCAUCUGUGGAUCUAGGACAGGUAUCUGGUUCAUGGAGUGAAAGGGCUCAAAGAUGGGGGAAUCUCAAGGGGCUAAAUUAGUGGAGCAGAGGUGAAGGCAGGCUGUGAAAUCUCUGAGGGGAAGGGUGAGAGGGACAGGCUGUCUCAUUCUGCCUCUUCGAUUCCAAUUCCUUUGGGUGCAGCGGGGGAGUUGCUAGGCAUGGAGCUGGGACUGCAGGAUCUGACUUGUGAACACCCCCACGAGAGUGGGGGAAGUCCCCAGGCUUCUACCCAGGCUCUGGGGCUGCUGGGUGGCACUUUUCCUUCUGAGGAAUGAGUUUCACCCUUGUCUCAGAGUUGAAGGGAGUAAUUAGUGCUAUAGUCGUAUUUGCUAACUUGCAUGCCUUCAGAGAUAUGCACACUUGUAUGUGAAUAUACACAUUUCCACAUGCACAAAUAUGCAACACAUCUGUGGAUAAAGCAUGCACACAUCAUACAUGUACACAAUGCAUAGACUGCGCACGGUACUACUUGUGUGCAUAUGCGAACGUUUACACUACACAUGUGCAAUAUGAUACACACCAUACAUUGGUAUGUACACAUGUGUACACACACGCACAUACACACUAUACAUAUAUGCACAUUCACAAAGGGAACUUCAGAAACAGUAACAUUCACAGGCACCCACACCCUUGACUGCAACCCCAAAAUGUCUCUGUUUCUCCAUGGAUCUGUAGGUGCACAGCUACCUUCAGAGGCCUGACCCUCCUUUCCAGUCACUCUCAUUCUCAUGACUGAUCCCAGGGCAGAGUCCAGGGCGGCUCAAGGCUUCUCCACACAAGCCUGCUGAACCCUGAGCACCCUGAGCUGCCAGAAUGGGGUGGGCCAGGGCUGCCGCCAUGAUCCCAGGCCUGGCUUUGCUCUGGGCAGCGGGGCUGGGGGGUGCUGUCCCCAGUCCCCCACGUCUUCGGCUCUCUUUCCAAGAGCUCCAGGCCUGGCAUGGUCUUCGGACCUUCAGGUUGGAGCGGACCUGCUGCUACGAAGCCUUGCUGGUGGAUGAGGAGCGUGGACGCCUGUUUGUGGGAGCCGAGAACCAUGUGGCCUCCCUUAGCCUGGACAACAUCAGCAAGCGGGCCAAGAAGCUGGCCUGGCCUGCCCCUGUGGAAUGGCGAGAAGAGUGCAACUGGGCAGGGAAAGACAUUGGUACUGAGUGCAUGAACUUCGUGAAGUUGCUGCAUGCCUACAACCGCACUCACUUGCUGGCCUGUGGCACAGGGGCCUUCCACCCAACCUGUGCAUUUGUGUUUGUGGGCCACCAACUGGAGGAGCCCAGGCUCCAGCUGGACUUGCAAAGGCUAGAAGAUGGCAAGGGGAAAAGUCCUUAUGACCCUAAGCAUCGGGCUGCCUCCGUGCUGGUGGGAGAGGAGCUAUACUCAGGCGUGGCAGCAGACCUCAUGGGCCGGGACUUUACCAUCUUUCGCAGCCUAGGCCAGCAUCCAAGUCUCCGAACAGAGCCACAUGAUUCCCGCUGGCUCAAUGAGCCCAAGUUUGUCAAGGUCUUCUGGAUCCCGGAGAGCGAGAAUCCGGACGACGACAAAAUCUACUUCUUCUUUCGUGAGUCUGCAGUGGAGGCGGCGCCAGCACUGGGACGCCUGUUCGUGUCCCGCGUUGGUCAGAUCUGCCGGAACGACGUGGGGGGCCAGCGCAGCCUGGUCAACAAGUGGACGACUUUCCUGAAGGCGCGGCUAGUGUGCUCAGUGCCAGGCAUUGAGGGUGACACCCACUUCGACCAACUCCAUCCCUUCCCCUCAGAGGACGUGUUCUUGCUGUCCUCACGGGACCGCCUGACUCCGCUGCUCUAUGCUGUCUUCACGUCCAGUGGCAUCUUCCAGGGCUCUGCGGUGUGCAUGUACAGCAUGAAUGAUGUGCGCCGGGCCUUCCUGGGACCCUUUGCACACAAGGAGGGGCCCACACACCAGUGGGUGUCAUAUCAGGGUCGUGUCCCCUACCCGCGGCCUGGCAUGUGCCCCAGCAAGACUUUUGGCACCUUCAGUUCCACCAAGGACUUCCCAGAUGAUGUCAUCCAGUUUGCUCGCAACCACCCCCUCAUGUACAACUCAGUCCUGCCUAUUGGAGGGCGCCCUCUCUUCCUGCAAGUGGGAGCUGGGUACACCUUCACCCAAAUCGCUGCUGACCGAGUGGCAGCUGCUGAUGGACACUAUGAUGUCCUCUUCAUUGGCACAGACUCUGGAACAGUGCUGAAAGUGAUCUCAGUCCCUAAGGGCAGUAGUCCUAGCGUCGAGGGGCUGCUGCUGGAGGAGUUGCAGGUGUUUGAGGACUCAGCUGCAGUCACCAGCAUGCAGAUCUCUUCCAAGAGGCACCAGUUGUAUGUGGCCUCGCGGAGUGCGGUAGCCCAGGUCGCUUUACAUCGCUGCGCUACCCAUGGCCGCGCCUGCGCAGAAUGCUGUCUGGCGCGCGAUCCCUACUGCGCUUGGGACGGAGUUGCGUGUACCCGCUUCCAGCCCAGCGCCAAGAGGCGGUUCCGGCGGCAAGACAUAAGGAAUGGAGACCCCAGAAUGCUGUGCUCCGGAGAGUCAUCUCGUCCUGCGCUGCUGGAGCGAAAGGUGUUUGCCGUAGAGGGCGGCAGCGCCUUUCUCGAGUGUGAGCCUCGUUCGCUGCAGGCACACAUGGAGUGGACUUUUCAGCGUAUAGGGGAGACCACUCACACCCAGGUGCAGGAGGAGGAGCGCGCCGGGCUCACUGCCCGAGGGCUACUGCUGCGUGGGCUUCGGCGCCGGGACUCGGGCGUGUACCUGUGUGUAGCGGUCGAACAGGGCUUUUCGCAGCCACUGCGUCGCCUGGCAUUGCAUGUGCUAAGUGCUGCGCAGGCUGAAAGGCUGGUGCAGGCAGAGGAGGCUGCACCUGCCGUGCCGCCGAGUCCCAAACUUUGGUACCGGGACUUUCUGCAGCUGGUGGAGCAGGGCGGCGGUGGUGGGACGAACUCCCUGCGCAUGUGCCGCCCUCAGCCUGCGCUGCGUGCACCAACCCCAGAGUCCCGGAGGAAGGGCCGCAACCGCCGGACCAACGCUCCUGAGCCACGCGCUGAGCGGGGGCCGCGCAGCGCAGCGCACUAAUGACCAAGCUGUCCCCACGUCGGGGACCAGGCAGGAGACAACAGGCAGAAGAAGGGGCAGAUAAACAGACGGAUGGGUUGGGGUCCCUGGGCGACGAGACACCAAAUGACCCUCCCUGGCCCUGGCCAUAGGGCAACCAUAUGGGCUUAUUUAUUAACAGAAUAACCCUUGAAUGUAGCCCUGGGGAGGGCAACCCAGGCCAGGUGCAGGAACCAGCCAGAAGGAGGGGAUAGAGAAGCUGGGCUUCAGAGCAACCGAACCACCAGGGUCUGGGAGGCGUCUGGAUUGCCCAGGUCUUCGGGACUGACCCCUUCCUUGGGCAGUGAGCAGAAAGCUGUGAACAGGCUGGUUUGUUGGGGGCUGGUGAGGCCUGCCAACUAUACUAAAGUAAUGCAAUAAACACAUUAUCAGCAGAAGCUGGAAUGGCCCCAGCAGACA